AUGUCGAAUCUUGCAAAACUUGAGUUUGCGGCACUAGAUAUCACUGGGAAAAAUUACUUGUCAUGGGUAUUGGAUGCCGAAAUCCAUUUGGAUGCUAACAAUCUUGGGGAUACAAUUAAAGAAGCAAAUACGACUAGUGCCCAAGAUAAAGCAAAGGCGAUGAUAUUUUUACGCCAUCAUAUCCAUGAGUCAUUGAAAAAUGAAUACCUCACUGUGAAAGACCCACUUGUCCUAUGGACCAAUUUGAAGUCGAGGUAUGACCACCAAAAAUCGGUGAUAUUGCCAAAUGCUCGUCAUGAAUGGCACAAUUUAAUAUUGCAAGACUUUAAGUCUAUAAGUGAGUAUAACUCAGCCAUGUUUAAAAUCACAUCACAAAUGAAUUUAUGUGGUGCUGAUAUUACUGAUGAGGAUAUGUUGGAAAAAACAUUUUCCACCUUUCAUGCCUCAAAUAUUGUCUUGCAACAACAAUAUCGUGAAAAGGGCUUUACCAAAUAUAGUGAAUUAAUAUCAUGUUUACUUGUGGCCGAGCAAAAUAAUGAACUCUUAAUGAAAAACCACGAGGCCCGUCCGGUUGGUGCAACCCCAUUCCCUGAAGCGAAUGUGGCAACAUAUAAUGGCCAAAGUGGAAGUCAAGGACGUGGUCGUGGCCAUUAUCGUGGUCGUGGUCAUGGUCGUGGUCGUGGACGUGGGCGUGGUUAUGCUCGAGGAAAUUAUCAAGGUAUUCAAUUCAAAAACAAGGGAACCCACCAAAAGUUGCAUGAUAGUGAAAAGAAAACCAAUGAUGACAAAGGGAAAAAGAAAAAUGACCAGUCAAGGUGGGAACAGAAUCUUUGA